AUGGCCGCCGUCUCGGUGUCCCUCCCACCGCGCUCGCCUGCGCCGCCGAGGCCAGCCUGGCUCAGGGUGGUCGCGCUGGGACUAGCCGCGGUGGCACGGGGGACGGUCAUCUGGCGCCGCGCGGGGCGCAAGCAGAGCGGUCGGUUGCAGCAGGUGGGCACCGUGGCGCAGCUGUGGAUCUACCCGGUCAAUUCCUGCGAAGGGGUGGCGGUGGGCGAGGCCGAGUGCACCGCCUUGGGGCUGCGCCGGAGCCACCUGCGGGACAGGUACGGCGGACGUUUUGAAAAUGGCAUGUUUUGGCUGGUGAUCAAUGAGACAGGAAACAUGGUGACCGCCCGCCAGGAGCCUCGCCUGGUCCUGAUUUCCGUGACCUGUGAGGGGGCCGCCGUGACCCUCCGUGCACCCUCCGUGGAGGACCGGCGGCUGCCCGUUGAGUCACCGUCCACAAGCGCAGUGUUCAAGCGCGGGGUCCACGGCCUGGAGAUCCAGGGCAGAGACGGUGGCGAGGCGGCGGCCCAGUGGCACAGGGGCUUCCUGAAGACCCAGCCCUGCCGCGUGCUGCAUUUCGAGCCUCACAUGCAGCCCAGGAAGCCUCACCAGAUAAAGGACGUGUUCCAGCCCACGGACCAGGUCGCGGACGCUGACGCCAGCCCCCUCUUGGUCCUCUCCGAGGCCUCGCUGGUGGGUCUCAGCUGCCGGCUGCAGCGCAAAGUCAGAGUGGCCAACGUCAGGCCCAACAUCAUAACUGCGCGGUGUGCUGUCUACGCAGAGGAUUCGUGGAGCAAGCUUCUUAUUGCGGAUGUGGAACUGAAGAGGGUGAGGGCUUGUUCCAGGUGCAGGGGGACCUUAACCGCAGCGGACGCAGACACCGGUGUCAUGAGCAGGAAGGAGCCGCUGGAGACCCUGAAGAGUUAUCGCCUGUGUGACCGUUCUGAACAGAUAUAUGGAAAGUCACCCCUCUUUGGACAAUAUUUUGUUCCAGAAAACCCAGGGACCAUCAAAGUGGGAGACCCCGUGUACCCGCUGGGCCAGUCAUAGGAAUCACACAGAGGCCCUGGAAUAUCAGAUGUUCUUAAAAGAUGUCCUCAGAGAUGCCAACGUUUGAAGGACAGCGUUUGGGAGCAGACACUUCUGUGUUCUCUUUAGAUCUGUGAUUUCCCAGACUUUCCUCUUGGACUUCCUUGUGUCCCUGAGUUUCCAGGGUCCUGGUGCUCCGAGCAAAGAAAUACACUCUCAAUAACGAAGCAGGACUUCAGGAAGUCACUUAAAUGACACGACUCUGAAAACCCACGUUUGACUGCAAGUGUGGAAUAACUUUUUCCCCUCCUUCUUCAUUCGUCUACCCAAAACUCUAAUCUCCAUCACCUCCAUUACCACUCCCUCGGGAAAGAGAAAAGAAGAGAAAGAGGAAGAGUGGGCGAGUGAGAGGAAUGUUCUGGAAUGUUCUGGAAGGUUUUAUUGCUGCCUGUGUGGGGCAUGCAAUGGAAAUUAAAUGCCUCCCCAAAUAAGGCUGGAAUAUCACUUUGCUCUUCCCCUCAAGCCCCGGGCUAGCUUUUGAAAGGGCAUAAAAAACAUGACCUUCAAGGGAACUCUUAAACACAGAGCUUCUUGGAUCUGGCCUGGUGGUGCCUCAGACAGUACCCGGGACGAGCCGACGGACCCUUCCUAGCGCGCAGCCUCUGGGCGGGGGGACAGCGGAAAUGUCAGGCUGGAAAACCCUCCCAGGAGAGCAAGGCAGCUGUCACACCCUGGUGGGAAGCCUGCGAGAAGCAAGAGCAACCAAAACAUCCUUACGGUGACACAACAGUGUCAAACGUGUUCCACUCACGGUCCAGAACGUCCCCUGACAUGUGAGAGUGAACAGCAGCACUACAGAGCGGGAGACCCCUGGUUGCACGUUGUCUACGAGGCUGUUUGGUGUUGCCCAGGAAAGAGAUGGCGGUGCCCCUCUUCAGGAAGUCGGGUACUCGCCCCCGGGUGUUUUCUGCUUCUCUGCAGCAUCAGAGGCGUCCCUGAAAGGGUGGCUGUGUUGUCAUGGAGCUCUCCUGGACCCUUGCAGCCCACCCGUGCAUGGCUGGGUGCUCGUCUUCAAGUUCAGCGUGAGAAACGCCCGAAGUCCACAGGUGUGAGGAAACGUAAUUGUGGGAUUCGAAAUAAACCAGCAAAGGCCUUUCACAGGAGAAAAGGAAAACAUAGGGCCGUUCAUUUAAAAACCAAUAUCUAAUUUUUCUGUUGAUGGAUUUAGGUAACUAUAUUCUGCCAAAGUAUUUCCUUGCCAUUUUGUCCUUUGAUUGUAUUACUUAGCUGACAAAAUCAUGAAAAAACAUUUCAGAAAUGUAAAUAAAAGGAAGCUACUUUGACCAGUUUCAGGUCUCUGCUGGGCACUUUAUGUUGAAACUGCAGAUAGAUUGAGGCACAAAUAAGGGUUCGGCAGGAUAGCAUUACUCAUGGGACCUUGGGAACGCAUGGGAGAAAGCCCACAGGAUUUAAGAAACUGUGAAUAUUGGCUUUCUGAGAGUCGCCAAUAGUUAGAAACCCAUGAGAAACUCAAGGUUGGAGGGGUGGCUGUUGGUAGAUAUUUGUAAUCAGGCAAGUGGAAUGCCUUAGACAUGAAUUUCUGACCCUUGUAAGCAGAAAUGCACUUCCCCAGAGUGAGCCCCAUAUGCACAAGUGCCACAGUGCAUGCAGACCUGUCGUCUUCCUCCGCUUUGCAGGGUAAACCUCAAACGGAGGGGGUACCUGGACACCCUUUUUGGGGGGAAAAGGAGAACUCCUAUUCGAAGAGAGAGGUUCCAGUGGCCUCAGAACCUCCCAGUAGUUGCCAAGCUUCCUGUCAGUGAGAUUUAACAGCCAUUUACUCGUGUUUAUUUUAUAUUUAUGAGUCAGUUAAUGCUAAAAGCAGGGCCGAUGGCUCGUAGUUUGGGAUACUGAACAUGUGUACACCAUUCCGCUUGAACUGUAGGAUCAGGCAUGU